AGUAAACAUAAUCUUUAACUUUUGAACAAUAUUCAAAAUUCUAUUGAAACUAAAGUCAAAAAUGCAUUAAAAAUUUUGACUACCCAUUUUCAUCCACAUCAAGGGUCAAGCUAAAAUUAUAACCAAAGUGAAAAGAUUUAGUUUCAAAAUUAAAUUCUCUAUUGGAUUAUAUAUACGGAAUAGGCAUGUCUGUGAGUCAACUUAAGCCGGAAGAGCAGGUGGUCAUUGCAGCCUCUGAGAAUCUAUCAAUGGGUCCUUUCCCACUUGGAGAAAGCCAGUUCAGUUUCGUGGCUGCAAACAACUGCAGUGUGGCUCUCCAGCGGGGAUUCUACUUCUCCCUUCGGAUGCCCGACUGGGCUAAGGACUUUAAGCACCAGACCCAGAAGAUACUAUCCCAUGGUUUUGACUGCCCAAGGAGAAGUUUCAAAAGCAGCAACGACUCGGAGAUAUCGAAAUUCUAUGGAGAUUAUCGUUCUGAACGUUAUGGCGAAAUCUUUUCGGAGAGCAGUAAUGCAAGAUUCUUUGAAAACAUUCCCGGAGAAAUGCAAGUUUCCAAUCAAACGAAAUCAAAGCGAGCACUGCGAUCACCCAAGAUUAAGGACGACUUAACGUGUGGCAAAAAGGUGCCAUCCUAAAUACCCUGGCAUUGGCUGUCGAAAAUUCGAGGUCACACAGGAAACAUCAUAAGGAGUUCGGGAUUUCGAAGCUUGGUAAAAUGGUUGUGGGCCUGAUUUUGCGAGCGGGCGUUGUCUAUGCUGUGGUAAUGGUCACCAAGAACUACGGCGUGUGGGAAUCUCCAAACAAGACGCAAGAUGUGUACGAUGAAACCGUGGAGCGCAUCGAACCCUACGCCGAUCAGGCGCGACGUAAACUAAAUAUAUGCCCGCCUAGGCCGCCACCGGAGGGAGAAUGGUCCUUCUUUGGCAUCUACUACUACAACAAAUUAGUUAAAUCGGUUUUCGACUUACUAAGCGUCUUUCCCGCUGGACUAGCUGCGUUUUUGGAGAAAGUACCAAGCUAUGUCAACGCUUUUAACGAAACCAUUCAAAAGUACAUUAAGGAGAGCCAGUCUAAGAAGAAAGAAAUAACGAUAUCCAAGGGACAGCUGGACGAGACUCCUCUGGUCAGACCUCCCGGACUGGUGCCACCGCAUUGCAAAGACAAGAACUGUCCGAAGGCUCCUCUGAUUCCACCAGGAUGCGACCGGAACAGGGAUAGCUUUAUCUACGAGCCGCGUUUACCCAAGAAGCCACCGUGCGAGUGCGCCAAGUGCAAGCAACGUCAGGCGGAGAAUUGGAAGGACAACAAACGCAAGUGCCCCAGAAUACCGAGCAGUGAAGCCAAGUGUAGAUGUGGAGAGGGUCCCCAGUCGGAAGCCCGCUCGGAGCCCAUCAAAUCGUGCAAACAGUGCCGAAAGACGCCUCGAGAAACCGCUACCUAGAAAUCCCCUGAACCAAAUCUCCUCAGACCAUUGAACAAAUUUAUUGUACCAUCAUCUAGACAAUAUAAAUUUGGUUGCUUUCUUG